AUGAAACGUUUGCAAUCAAAUUACCCAGCUCAGCGAACAAGCCAACGACCAUCCUCGCUACCUGAGCUACCAACAUUUUCCUCUAAAACAGAUAACCAAGUCGAAGAAGGACAAUGCGCAAUAUCAAGCAUAAAACUGCGGACAUCUGAACUUAUGGAGGACAAAGCUGGUGCUGAAUGCGAUAUUUUAUAUGAGGAGUCCUGGCUAAACAACAAUCCAGGAGGAAAAUAUCCUGUUUUUUUAUACCAAAGUGACAAAGCUGAUCUCCAAAUUCCACUCAGUAUCUUUAUUUCAUUUGCUAAUUAUGUUUUAUGA